CACCUUGAGAACAACUGGGGCCUGGACCAUUGUAGUUAAGUUUUAUUUCCAUCAAUGAAAAUAUGCAUUUUAAGAUUUGGGGUUCAUUUCAGUCUUUCAUAGCCCGUGCCCCGGGCCUGUGCUCCUUGAGAGGUAAUUUUGUACGUCACAAAAAUGACUUUAUCAUGGCAUAGGUACGAGGACUACAAAAUAGGACACAUGUAAGAUAUUCAUACAAAUCUCUUAUGAGAUUCACUGCAAUGAGUGACUGAAGAUCUUUGAAUAAUGUGGCAAAUUUUGUAAUCCUUUGUACAGUAUAUUUGUAUUGCAUGACAGUUAAACUGUGAAGAGGCAAGGGCUUUGUGCAAUCUUUGAGCAAGAUCAAUCGAAGUUGACUGGCUGUUUUCAUUCGACUGGGUGUUUAGACUUAAAUUCAGAGAGAAUUUUUUUUGAUGCUUUCUCUUAGUGUCUUUAACUCCUAUACAAUACACAAAUAAAAUUUGCAUUUGACCAUCUCCAUCUGACCUCAUAGCGCAGUUUGUAAAGUGUUUGUACGGGAAUCGAAAACGCCAUAGCUUGGAAUGAAGCUUAAUCCCAGCGGUUAUGAGAACAUUCACAAUUAUAAUGCAUGGAUUUUUUUUCUUUAUUAUAAUCAUUAGAAUUCAGUUGUACAUCAAGGCAGUCUAAAUUCCUAAUUCCUGAUUGCUAAUAAUGUCUCAGUAGUUGUCUGCUUAACAUUGUAUUGAUGUAUGAAGGAGAAACCCGAUGUUCAUCAAGUGGUUUGCACUCUUUUCUGUAAGAGCCAUUUUCUUAAGAGAACGUUUUAGACGCCAGAAAGUCAGGCAGAAUUAGAACGUGAAUAGAGUAUGAUCUUGACUGAAAUUAGAAUAGUGAGAACUGUAUUCUUCUUUUUAAAUUUCAUUUGCUAUUGAGGUGAAAAAUGCAUGUAUAGUCUGAAUCAGAAUUUGUUCCAAUCAACCCGAACCAGCACUGUCAUCGACUAAAAACGCAGCUUUAUUUCUACGGUUAGGCCUUCCGUCCAGGCUAAUCCGUCACGCAAACGGAACUUUUCGAAAACUCUCUUCAAACCGGAGGAAUUUGAAAACGCCGCAUUUUCGUUUUCAUGUGAACGGCAAGCAUUUUUAAAACGGAGCUCUUCGACCACGAUGUAGUCACGAAAAUCAAGUGAUUUCCCCGACCGAGUUCUCCUCAAACACAACCCCAAAUUCUUUCGGCGUCAGUGUGGACGGAAAACAUUUGCUUUGCACUCGGGGUAAUUAUCAGCUCCAAGUAGCGUUUAGUCUCGGCCAAAAAAGACAUUCCUUUGUAUAGUGUUGUAAAAAGUUAAUAAAGGGAAGACUACUUCAAGUUAAAAACCAAAACUUAUUUAAUUUGCACUUUUACUUGUCAAAGGUUGGCAGUCACUUCAAGGCAGCGUCAGUGGAUCUUUCAAGUGCAAUGACACGUGAGAGAUUUUGUUUAUUAAUACCUUAUAAGAACGAUCUAAACGUUAAAAUAUUUAAGAUGCACGUCGCGUGUCUCAGUUUUAUUAAGUUUUUUCAAUGGCAUAUUACACAACCUGUGUGUUUGUUUACGGUGCGUGUGUGAAUUGGUACAUGUUAACAAACAACUCUGAAAACUGCCACUAGAUUAAUUAGCAAAGCCGUUAAAUGAGUCCCUUUACUUUUUGGUUUAUUCGCAGCGUAUUUAUGGCCUUGAAGGAAACGUUAACCGGGUUUCUUUCAUGCUUUACUGGUUUGUUAGUCUUUAUAAAAAAUAGCUUAGUGUAUAAUAUGUGUUUGGUUCAACUUGUUUGUUGCGAAUUUUCUCAAGAUUAUAGCAUGUAGUUGCCAAGAAAAAAAAAUGAAAUUCUUAAAUCUCACGUGUGAAGCAGAUUAUAAAAACAUUAUACACUCUCACUGUGUUUGCAAGAUGUUCAUAACAAUAAUAUUUUCUAACCUUAUUACGUGGUCAGUAACCCAAGUUGAGGUAAUAUGAUUAGUUUUUUAACGGUUUUCAUUCGGUUAUUGCACGGUCGUACGAGAUCUUUAUAAUUAUCUUCCCGUAAAAGAGUCCGUAACAAAACUAAAAUUAAGAAGGGUCCAACAAAAAAAAACACUUGCCCCCUUUGAAGCACAGAACAGUGAACACAAGAUCUGAAAACAAUAGCCAAUUGUAAUGAAAUAGAUAAAAAGCAAUAACUUAUUCAAAUACGGGAUUUGUUGCACGCCUAGCUCGUGAGCGGGUUUUUGUUUUGUAACAGGGCUUGUUGUUAAUUUCCUGUGUCUAGUAAUCGUUCUAAAACUUGUUCCUUAAGUCAAAAUUUGUCAUGCCUAAGGGAUAUUUUGUUCUUCAGCAGGCAAUACGCGGUUUUAUCACCCAGUUGAUAAUUUCUAGCGUUGGUGACAGGAAGCUAUCAGAAAACUUAAUCGCUUCGUAAUCAUUGCUAUUUCCUGUGUUUCAUUGCAGUUGAAACUUAAUACUGCUAAAUGUUAUAUGAAAAAAGAUAUAGCCAUGAACUACCCUAAAGGCGAAAGGAAUCCGUUCAGAGUUCGGUCGGCCAUGCUCAGUAUCGCCUAAGUGUGUUUAUAAGAGCGAUAACUAAACCACAACAGCACUCAAUGAUUAAAGUGAUUUGGCUAAACAAGUUGCAUAGAAAUCAAACGCGAAUCCUAGGACGCGAAUUCACAGAUUAGUGAAGGUUUUCUGCUGAUUUAAGUUAAGUAUGAAUUUCCACUGGUUUAGAGUUUGUAAAGCACCUAUAUCUAUCGCUUCGCUCAAAACCUUUUUUUUUCAAGGAGCUGGUACAAUAAAAUAUUCAACCUUGAAAAGCAACAAUAUCUUUAACCGGAGGUAACAUUGCCCGAAACAUUUUCACUGAAUAGAUUUGCCUCUUGGCCUUUUUGUAGGUAAGGUGAAAAGAAUAAUUAUUGCUAACUGUAUUUUGACCCUAUCGAAAAUACCGACGGAAAUGCAAGAUACACAGUGUAACUCUCAAUUUCACCACAAAGUGAGAAAACAAGUGUUUCACCGCCGGUCAACUUUAUAGUUUCUCGUGUAAUGGCUUCCACUCGAGUCAAAUGCGGUCAUGGCUCAGCGAACCUAUCAAGUCAUUCUCUUAAUUCUGCUGCCAACCUUGACCGAUUGGCAACAGAGGUUUUUUUGCUACCACUUCAAGUGGGCCCUUUGGUGCCACUUUAAUGAGUGAGAAUAUGGGAGGCAUAAAAUUGGACACAAUUUAUUCCAAUGUGUCGGUUCACGUUCGCAGCCUUAAGCUAUAGACACAGCGACUAGGUAUGUUUAAAAGACGGAACUGGACUCAUAUGACGGGAUUCUUUAAAACGGAAAACUCGUUAACGCCAUAAUUGCUCGGAAAUAGGGCUCGUUUUCAAGCAAAACACAGUAUUGGGCCUCGCUCUAGACAUUGAAGCGCCAAGUCAAGGAGCGCUUUUAUCUUCGCGAAUCAGAGCGCGUGCCAAGCGAGCCGAAUUACCCUUAUCACUCAUAAAAAUAAAAGUUCAAAAGCGACCGCCUUUAUUGCAAAUGCACGCCGUGUAGGAUGAUGGCUUGCUUUAAUAUCGUCCCUGGUAUAAUUACUUGACAAAGAUUGGCAGAUUUCAGUGAAAAUUCUUUUAACUCCUGCCGUCCGCCGCACAGGGGUCUCUGACAGUUUCCUCUAACUUAAGAGAAUAUACGAAUUUAACACAAGGAAGUUUACACAAGAAAUUUAACGUUUGCUGAGACUUUCGCAGUUUUUAUGUACCCGCCUUGGGGCUGUUUAUUUUAAGAAAAAGGUAAGGGAUCGAGCAACGAACAUGUUCAGUUUUAAAGAGUGCAAAAGUAAGACUGACAGGAAAAAAUUACUUAGGGUUUGGGAAUUUGUGUUUUAUUAAACCGAGUAAGACCGAUACAGAACUGAAUUUUCUUGAAAGCUAAAAAGUUUCCUUAUCUCUGACAACUAACACAGGGUGUGAUUUUAAGUAGGAAGAAUCACUGAUUUUUUAUUUGCCGGAGACGUUUGCUUCUCGUUGUUCGCUGCCAAGACAGGUUAAAAGACUUCGAAAAUCAGUUUGAUGGAACUGAUUAAAACCCCACACGACGGAAAACUUGAAAAAGUGAAAAGCGACAUUUAAAGAUAACGGCAAGAUUACAUUAGCACAAAUACAAUUUCGUUUGGCGGCUUUCACGCGCGCUUCUCUUGAACGAGCGAGGUUCUUGUGUUUUUAUUCGUGUGAAUAUAUUCCGUUAAUGGAUAAUUUGCCUCAGGCUAAAUUUAAGAGAAUAGUUCAAUAUCUUGUCGGUUAUUGGGUGUAGUGACUAUUAACCAGCUCUUCCAAGCAAAACCACCAGUAGUGAUUUGACUGAGUGAAAACCGAAAAUAUGAAAUCUUUUUAAAUAACUGGGAGCACUGAACGUUUCAAUCCUGCUGAGGCGGAGAAGAAAUACGCCUUGAACUCCACUUUAUUUCCUUUGUGAUGCCGUUGAUUUUUGCUAUGUACUAAGCAAACAGAAUAAACAGAAUUAACACAUACAAAAACAUGAUAAGGAAAGAAAGCGAAAAUUGAAUUUCUACCUUCACGGUUUCGAGGCAAACAUUACAUCGGUUGUUUACUUUAAGGAAAUUUUUUUACGAACGAGUCGUCUCUCAGGUUUGGCGUUAUUUCCUUUGUUUUUUUCUUUUUGUCAGCAGUAAGAAAAAAAAUUGGAAAACUCGUAAACGAGAAUGCUUCUUUGUUUUUCCAGGAUGCUUUUUACGGAAUGACAAUUUUGGAGCAAGAAAAAUAAAUAUUCAAUUAGUGGCAUAUAUAUUAUAAAGAAAGCUAGAUCUUUGAAUGCAAAGUUGUGCCUUUGAAGUAAGCCGACUUUUGUUGGUCAUAAGCAUUGUUUAAAAGCUCUUUAAGUUGACAGCUCGCUUCUAAAUUUUGUUGACAAGGCUGAAAUCCCAUCAAGCUGUAACCAAAUUUCAAGAGAACAAAAAUUGAACAUUAUCGAUUUUUCCGCGAGCUUUCGGGCGUCAAGGCCAUGACGAAUGGCCUUCAUUUUUUGUUCGAAGUCUCAAAUUAGUGGUGCGUUGUGGCUGAAAUACCUAAUUGCCUACCGACAGAUUUGCAAUAAAGUUCGUCUGAACGGAUAUUUUUGCUUCUCUUCAGGGCGAAAUUUAUGAGUUUUGCUAAGUGGAAACAAUGUGAAUUAUAAAUGGGUUCCCGCCGUUUUCGGCUCCUCCAUGGCGCCUCCACUCUAUAAUCCUUGGGUUUAUGAUAAGCAACGAACAUUACAUCAUUUGGUUUUGUUUUAUUCUCUUCGAACCCCCGUGGCCUGUUUGAAUGCAACAAGCCGCCAAACCCCGCGUCGAUGAAACUUUUUUAAUCUUGCUAAGCCGUAGGAGCGGAACUGAGAACAUUUCAACUCACUUUAUAUAAGACUCAACAAGCUCAUCUACUGCCAAGCUUACAUGGAUGAGCCGCCGAAAAGUACUGUACGCCGGUGGGCUUUUUCAAGAGCCUUCGUGCAUUGGCCUCGUCCAGGGGACAUUAUAAUGUAUACCUAUUGUUUUUUCCUCGGUUCAGCGUUUCCCAAGAGUCGGCAGUGGAUGAAUAAUCGUUGUUGGAGUAUCAUAUUGUUCAGAGAGGAAUAUAUUGGCCCAAGAUAUCUUAUCGGCUAAGAUCAAGGGCUCGCGAAAGUCCGACUUAAAGUGUUAUGUGAUUUUGGUGCGAAAUCUCGGUUUUGCGUUUUUCACUUGUUUACAGAAAUGUUCCGGGACAGUUGUGUAUAAAGCUUUCGUGUUUUGAGAUGCCAAGUAAAUCGUUUAACGAGGAAAAAGAAUUUCAUUGUAGCCAGUAAGCUCAGCCAUUGUUUUGCCUAAAAUACCAACCAGUGCAAUAUUCAAAGCGGGCAAGCCGAAGUCGGCGUUUUCUAGACGAGGUUUCUUUGGGUAGUGAUUUGUCCCAAUUACGGCCUUCAGAAGCUUUAACCUGCAUAAUAAAAUAAAUAGCAGUGAAAUAUGCACCUGAACUCGGUGAAGAAUCGCUGACACCCUUCAAUCUCGCAUAGAGCGCGAAUAACCUGUUAAUUGUUAGCCGAGGAAAUUGGUCGAAAUUGAUCCGCCAUCUCAAAGGAUACCGCCGUCUCGAAUGGUGAGUAGCAUCAAUAAUUGCCCAUAAACAGUCUGUCAACGCCAGAGCACUGAUAUCUGAGUGUAAUUUUAGUUCGGAGUCAGAAUAUACCACAAACCAUGUUGCUUGCCUUCCAAAGAGAGGGAACAUUCGCGACGCAACUUUGAUUGGCAUAGAUAUUGAGAGGCGCACGGCAUAGGAGGACCUUAAGGCGGUCUUUGAAGGCGGGUUUCUAAUUAGCAGCGCGCAGGCUUGUUAGAACAUUCUGCCCCCAUAAAACUAACAUUAAAAGCGAAUUUAUGCUUGCUUCAACAAAAUGUUUGUUCACUGGCGUUUCCGUGGAAAUAAUGGCCGAAAAUGACAGGGCUGAGCUGGCGCUGUCGUUAGAAUGACAGAGAUUUCUUUUCGCCGUGUAAACAAUCGGCCGGAGAGCGCGGCACGAUGAAAGGUUAACACCUCGAACUAUUUUAUCGCGAAAAGCCACAGUAUACCUCGUGUAAGAGAUGCUAAUUGUUUAUAGCUUGUUACUCGGACAAUAGGCUGUUUGCAUCCUUUACAAGUGUAUUGCUGAAUCUUUUCUUAUUUAAAUAAAGGCGGUCUCUUUUGCGAGUGAUGACAGUAGUUUUAGAGGUGGUGACAAUAAUACAACCCGAUAACGGAAAUACACAAUAAUAUAACAAAUGAUUUGCUUUCAAGGGUCGCCCCGCGGAUUGUUUAUAAAGUGCUGGCCAAUCGGAAUGCGCGCUCGUCGGCGGCCGACUUUGAUCAUGGAAAUCCAAUCAUAAAAUGUCCCUUCUUUUGAUUGUCUUCAUUAGUUCGCCGCCCUCUCGCUCCUCCUCUAUCAUCUGCGAUAAUAGCACCUUAUUUACGAUAACAACAUGGCAGUGAGAAGAGUAUAAGCAACAGACUCCGCCUCUAGCCGCUCAUUGGCGGUCGGCUCACUUUGUCUAAUUACAUUUAGUCUGUUUCUCCGCCACCGGUUCUCAAACCAGCUGAAUGCUUUGUGUGAACGAACGCAGGUUUCAUUUAGUCUUGUCUCCUGUACGCGUAACAUCGUAUUGAAACGUCGCAAAGCUCAAAUCGUGCCCAACGCAAAAAAUUCAACCUCAACGAACGAGAUGGCCGCGACAGCCGCGUUAGCGAGACCGGAAUAUUUUCCAUUUUCACAUGAAUAUCGCAAACCGUCUCCACUGGCGCUUUUAGCCGCUACAUGUAGCCGAAUCGGCCAGCCUGGAGCCCAUCGAGACUACGAAUGUCACGGGAAGUUUGCCGGCGGUGUUCUUCCCGAGCUGAGCCAACACGCAGUUAGCGUGAGCCAAAUUAUGAGCUGUCCCGGAGAGAGAAUGCUGCCAUUAACACCGCCAGCCGAAUCUCACUUCUCUCCUUUUCAAGAAUUCUACCUGUCUGCCCCUCCAAAGAGCCACGUCCGUCAAAACUUCGCUGUUUCUCACGGAAGCCCGUCGCGCGGGCCUGUUUCUCCUUGCAUGGCAGCAGUGCACGCGUGCCCAGCAUCGGCAAGAAGCGCUCAGCUAUCGCUGGGCUGCACGGCAGCGUUCAAACCCGAGUGUAACGAGAUCGGAGGACUUCACUGGUGGAGUGUAGAGCCGAAUAAAACUGUUGUACGAAGCCCUAUCUCCAGCGCAGUUCCGCAGAGCUUGGCGCUGAGUUCCGUAGCACCUUCAAGUCACAUCCCCUCUAUGAGUUAUCACGGAAACCCCAGCAGUGCUGCAGCCGCUUAUCACUUGACCAGCGCUUACAGUGCUGCACCUUUGUCUAGCCAAGUAACUGGGACAAGACGCUGCAGAAGGUGCCGAUGCCCGAACUGCCAGCUCGCCGCGACAACGGGAAACACUGCAAAGCGAAAGCAACACAUAUGUCACAUCCCCGGUUGUGGCAAAGUGUACGGAAAGACAUCGCACCUCAAAGCACAUCUUCGCUGGCACACUGGCGAGCGACCGUUUGUGUGUAACUGGCUGUUCUGCGGAAAGAGCUUUACACGCUCAGACGAGCUUCAACGGCAUUUGAGAACGCACACGGGCGAGAAACGUUUUCAAUGUGCCGAGUGCGGCAAACGCUUCAUGCGAAGUGAUCACCUUAGAAAACACCAAAAAACGCAUCAGAACAAUGUCAAGAAAAGCUCUGAUAAAACGGACGAAGACAGCGUCAAGGACGAGCCAGAAACUAAAGACAUUUCCAUGGAGCUCAAUAUCGAUGUUCAAGAGGGACAGAGACUUGCUCAGUUGAGCAGCGUGCUCACGUUGACGCCGAAGCAAGACGAAAAUGACAAAAUGGAUAUUCCAAAUGCAGAGACUUAUAUUAAUGUAGAACACUAACUUAGCCGACAAUAGCCGGCCAACAUUUGAGAACAAAAAACUCUGUGGACACGCGAAAUAUUUAUCGUUGGAAUCAGCCCGUUUAAUUUCUCUCGCUCAGUAAUAUAUAUUAAAACUCGAGAAGAAUUCAUUGUAGCAAAAUUUAAAUAACCGAGUGUAUCUAAAGCAAGGAAUAUUUUAUUUGCAGGGUUUGCAUAUUUAUACCCGUGUGCAGACCACACGUAAAUUCAAAAAUGCGGAUCGGCCUUCGCGACAAGAAAACAAGAUUGUACAAUUCUAUGUAAAUAAGAUUUCCUGCUUCGCUUGAAUCUUGUAUAUAAAUCGUAAAGGACAAGAGGAAUAAUAAACACAUUUUAUAGUUUAUCUCAA